AUGCACCACGGAAAAUCAGUGUACACGAAUUACAAGAAUAAUUAUACUAAUAAAAUUCCGUCUGUUCGUCAUCCAAACGCGGCCGAUGCGCGAACACGCGUGCAAAGCCCCUUCAAGACGGACGUGCGCUCACCUUCCUUGAACCAGAGCGAAUGGACGGCGGCGAGGGGCGAGCGGGGGAGGGGCGUGCGCGGCGCGCGGGGAGGGUACAGAACAGCUGAGCGGAGCGGGUAUAUUGACAGCGGUGGGCACGUUGCCGCCGCGUUAGUACACCCACAGCCGUCGCGGAGUUCGCACGUAGCCGCAAUUGAUGCAACCGCCGGCGCGCUCGCUCGUCCCGCUGAAAUUAUGACUUUUGGACCGUCCGCCGGCGAAGUAGGCAGCGCGAGACCACUAGUUCCGGACCGGGCGUUGGCGACAGUCACCAGGCACUGGGAGGUGGACGGCCCCGCGCCAGCCGCGAGGCUCCGGUGCACCAAGGAGUUGCUAAUCAUCAGCCCCUUCGGACUUUUA